GAGCAGAUCAAAAGCAAAAGUGAAACUUACCGGAGUCAGAUUUCAGUAAAACACCGGUAACCGAGCAGUUCCUUCAGAUUCGGUCUUCAGAUGUCUCGUCGGGGAUAUAAAGUUUUUAUAAGAUAGGUUUGGUGUGAGUGUGAGAUGGAAGAGAAGAGUCUGAUUCUCGAGGGUCUUCCGGAUGAUUUCCACAGAGUCAAAGCAAAGGUCGAGCUUUACUUCAGAAACAAAAGAAGAUCUGGAGGAGAAACCUUGCAGAUCCGAGAACAUCCAGACGACAAACGAAAAGCACUGCUGGUCUAUAUAAGAGACGAGGAUCUGAAGAAGGUGCUUGACAAAAAGAUCCAUAAAGUUGAUAUCAAACCUCAUGGAUCUGUUGAAGUGACCGUGAAGCUCCCAGAAGAAACACAAAUCAAGAUCAAACCACAAGUACUGCCCAAACCCAGACCAGAGACCCUUGCCCUGAGAUCAUCGCCUGCUGCUGCCAGACAGGUCUCUCCCGUCAGAAAGCCUUCUACUGCAAUUAAAGAAGAUGAGGAGGCUUCUGAGCUCCCGGAUCUUCUCAUUAGCACCUGUGGAUCGGUGGAGAAGGAGACCCUUCAGAUGUAUUUUGAGCAGUUCACAGAACAGUUUGAGCUAGCGAAGCACGGGAAUAACAGCUGGAUCCUGACGCUCUGCAGUCGGUCAGAUCUAGAGGAGAUUUUGGGCCAGAAAGAGCAUGAGUUUGGUAUAAGUUUAGCGGUGUAUAGAGGAGGAGGUGUGGGAGAGCAGCUGGACCCGCGGCGCUUCAUCUUGACCGGCUUCGAUGGAGACACAGACUGCAGGAUGAUCUCACUCUUCAUCGGCAGCUGUAGCAGGACAACAGAGCACACCUGGGAGACGCUCGACGGGGACAGGAUAGUAGUCUCCUUCAGACACGAUAUCGGUGCGUUUCUGUCUUCUCAUCGCUCUCUGCCCGAGAACAGCCUCCUAAAGAACAAACCUAAUGUUGAGAAUGCACCUGUCGUUCCUGUUGUGAUAGAUGCACAUGCAGUGGUGGAACAAACACACAAUGUUUGCGGCACAGAAGUUCACGCUUCACUCUUCUACUCAAGUUUACAAAAGGCUCUAACUGGAGAAAAACCAGCCCUAACUGAUCAAAUAUCCACAAAAGUGAAGGUUCCUGUCAGUGAAGAGCUGCUCCGUUUCUUUGAAACCAGCGAGCGAUGCAGAAAACUGCUGGAGAGUGACGCCAAACGCUUUCAUGCCAAAGUGCUCGUUGACCGCUCCACCGCAGAACAUGAACUGAUUCUGGAGAUGGACGUCAAGAAAGAGUCACUGGCUGCGCUGCAGAUCGCUCCCACGUGGAAGUCCACGACACUGAGGGAAAUCCAGUCCUUUCUGAGCAGAUAUGACACCGCAGAGCUGACGGCGGAGAAGGACGUCUGGACCAGAUCUGAGAACAUCUGUAACGGUCUCGUCACGCUUAACACUGCGCUCUUCUACAGCCAGAUCAACUCUAAAGCUGUGAUUACUGGAGAGAAAGAGGAGGUGAAGGUGCUGUCAGACAAGAUCAGGACAGUCCUGGAGAACACUGCUGCUGCGGUGGAAGCAGAAAGAAACACCACCCAGGUGGACAUCCAGCUAGACUGCAGAGAGACGUGUGAUCUCAUAAAAGAGCGAGUGGAGUCCAGGUUAGGACAGGUGAGUUUCUCACACGAUGAGAAGCAGCACAUCAUCUCUCUCAGAGGUCUGAAGGAUCAGGUAGAUCCAGUGGAGAUGAUCAUCAAGCAAACGCAGAAGAACAUCAUCACACACCAGCUCAAGCUUUCUUCACAUCUCACUCACUUUCUCAAGUCUCUGGAUCUUAAAAAGUUCGAGCAAGACUAUUUUCUCCCAAGCCACAUUCCAGCUAGACUUUUAAAGCGACAGGAUUUUUUUGUGAUCUUAGUUGAGAAGGAGAACCAGAAGAGAGCUGAAGACAGAAUAAGUGAGAUUCUCCAAGAGCAGGUUCUACAGCUUUCUCCCAAUCAGACCGGUGAAACCUGGACACACUUUCUCAGGAAUCUUCAAGAUGAAAAAGAAUUGCUCCAGAAAGCUCACGAUAUCAGGAUCACUAAAUCAAAUAAUGAGGUUAUAAUAUGUGGGUUUUCCAGUGCGGUGGCAGAUGUUACAGGAAAAGUGAAGACAUAUCUAGACAACAAGGAACCAACGACUGAGAACGUCGCUCUGAAAUCUGUGCGAGAGGCUGAAUUUGUGGAGUCCUGUCUGAAUCUGUGUGAGCUCCCAGACCUGAAGCGCUUCGGCGUGACGGUACUCGCUCACAGAACAUCAGACGCCCCGUGUCUGAGAGUCACAGCACCUAAAGACAAGCUCAGAGACGCUGUGUGUGUCGUACAGCAGCACAUCUCAUCCAUCCUUCUGCAGAGCCAUACAUACGGCAAAGCAGGAGAAGCAAAGGUCCUGGAGAAACUUGAAGCCAGUGUGAAGACCAAAGCUAAGGAGAUGCAGUGCAGUCUGUAUUUAUCACAAGAGCAUGUGGUCAAAUCUGUUCCUCCGAAGAACUUCACACACAAAAUAGAUAACUUCAUGACCCUGAACAUCACAGAGGGAGACCUGCACCAUUACACCGCCGACGCUUUGACCUGUCCGAUGAAUACCAGUCUAGCGUUCAAUAACCCUGUGGCUCAGUGCUUUGUCCAGUUCGGAGGAGACACGAUUAGGGAGGUGUGUAGAGCUCAGCAGAAGCACCAGCCUGGAGACGUGGUGCUCAGUGAUGCUGGGAAGCUCAGCGCCGGGACACUCAUCUACGCCGUGUUUCCUCAGAAAGGACAGAAGCUGGACUCUCACUAUCUUCAGUCAGCCGUGUAUAACAGCCUCCUGAAAGCUGAAGGGGAAGGAUGCGCCUCGAUUGCACUCCCAGCUGUUGGGUGUGGAAGCUUCGGGUUCUCCGUCAAAGAGAGUUGUGUGGCGCUCCGAGCCGCUGUUCUUCAGUUCUAUCAGAAGUCUCCUAAAAACAUCAGACACAUCAGUGUAGUGGAUUCAGACCAGAGGACCGUUGAGGAGUACAACGCUCUGAUCCAGGAACUAGGAUUUCCUGACACUACAGUGGUUCCCCUACCAUCCUUGAAGCUUAAACACAGAUCAGACACGAGGGUGCUGAUCAAUGGUGUGCAAAUAUUCCUGAAAAAGGGUGACAUCACCAAAGAGACGGUGGAUUUUAUAGUGAAUUCAACCAACAAAAGUUUAGAUCUUAACACUGGUGUCUCUGGCGCCAUCUUAAAAGCUGCUGGUCAAUCUGUUGCUGACGAAUGUAAAAAGCAAGCUCCUCUGAAGGCCGGCGCAGCAGUGCUGACGGGUCCUGGAGCGCUUCGGUGUAAGUACAUCGCUCAGAUGGUUGGGCCGGAGAGCACCGCAGACAUCACAUCAUCUCUAGAAAAGGUUCUGAACCUCUGCGAAGACAAAACAGCCACAACUCUGGCCAUUCCUGCCAUUGGAACAGGACGCGGUGGCUUUCCUCCGAAGGAAUCGAUCAAAGCCAUCCUCUCAGCAAUCGAGAAACAUCUGAAGCAGCCGAACUCAUCCUGCCUCCGGAGCAUCUCUAUAGUGGCUUUUGAACAGAAGACCUUCGAUGACUUUCGUGACCAUUUUAAAGUGUGGAAUAAGCCUGCAUCCGGCAAGAUGCCUGAAAAUCAAGUCAAAAUUGGAAGUGUCAGAAUCGAGGUGAAGAAAGGUGACAUCACUAAUGAAACGGUCCGAGGGAUCGUAAACACCACCAACAGGGACAUGAGUCUGAGAGGAGGCGUCUCGGGUGCCAUAUUUAAAGCGGCUGGAGCAUCUGUGGAGCAGGAGUGCCAAAAGCACGGUCCUUUGCAGAAUGACAUCCCAGCCGUGACCAGCGGCGGAAACCUGCAUUGCGACUUCAUCGUUCACAUGGUUGGCCCUCACUCGGCGGCAGAGGUGAGAUCCCGCGUGAAGAACGUUCUGGAGCGCUGCGAGGAGAAGCAGAUCACCACGGUCUCCUUCCCUGCUGUGGGCACGGGUGCUGGAGGUGUUGAGGGUGAGGACGCCAUUGGUGCAAUGCUGCAGGGCUUUGAAGAUCAUCUGUCUCAAAACAUCUCGACUGUGAUCAAGCUCAUCUACGUUGUGAUUGACCGGGACAAUGUCCUACAAGAGUUUCAGAAAGGUCUCAAAACAUGGAUUGCAAAUACACAGGACAGUGAAGAUGAUGAUGAGUGGGAGGAUUACAGCUCAACAGAAGACAGUUCCUCGUCUGACCAAGGAGCCAACGCAAACCCAGUUGAGGUGUUGAUGGGCCCAAUUAAAGUCAAGGUGUUUAGUGGAGACAUCACCAAAGAGAUUGUCGAGGCUAUUGUUAACAGCACGACUACAAGCCUUGAUUUGAACACGGGUGUAUCAGGAGCCAUUCUCAAAGCAUCAGGACAAACGGUGGUGAACGAGUGCAAAUCAAAAGCGCCUCAGCCUGCCGACGGCGUGAUCCUGACCAAAGCUGGAAAUCUUUCAAAUAUCAAACACAUCAUCCAUAUGGUUGGGCAGACCAAUGAGAAAGGCAUCAGCAGCUCCAUGUACAAAGUUCUGAAGAUGUGUGAAGAAAAUAAGAUUCAGUCGGUUUCAUUCCCAGCUCUUGGAACAGGAGCAGGAAACUUAGCUGCUGCCGGAGCUGCCAAUGCAAUGACAGAAGCUCUGACCAACUUUAUGAAGGACUCACCAAAACACCUGAAGCGCGUCCACAUCGUGAUCUUCCAAGCGAAGCUGCUGCCAGACUUUCAGCAAGCGGUCAAGAAGUGCAAGAAGAUUUCUCCAAAUGCUUCUGCGCGUCUGGUCAAACCCCUCCAGAAACCGGUGAUCCCUGUGCCGACACCGAGACCAGCUGUUUGUCUAGCCAAAGAAACCGCCGCUGUAUUGUUCCCGGUUAUGGCUGUAGAUGUUUACGGGACGUCCCCUACAAACCUCGGCAAGGUCAAGAAGCUCCUGGAUGAGCUGGUCAAGGAGGAGUGCAUUAGUAAAGACGUCCAGUCGAGCCACAUCACAGAUCUUCCUGAGACGGACAAGAAGGCCAUUGUGGCCCUCAGCCGAGCCAAUCAAGUCAGCAUUCUGGUGACCAGCUGGGAUACGUUAACGGUAUCAGGGAAGAGAGACGAUGUCUUAGAUGCAGUGCUGAAGAUAAAUGGCUUCCUCCAGGCAGUGCGAGACCGAGAGAUGCGUGAAGGUGAGGUGAAGCGUCUGCGGGAGACGCUGUGUUGGGAAGUGGCCAGAGGAGAUCGCUGGGAGUCGCUGGAGCCCGGCAUCAGCUACGACAUCGAGCUGGCCUUCCACCGCAAGCAGAAGAGCUUCCAGUACCAGGAGAAGAGCGAGACCUACACCGUGGACUUCAACAAGAUGGAGGUCACAAACAGCAAGCUGGAGUCCUGCAGGAUCAAGAGGACUCUGAUGGGAGGUUCUGAUACGGCAAUCAUUCAUCCCCCUCCAACAUGGACCAAAAUGGAUGGACGGGAUUUAGAAAUAAUCACAUUACAAUCAGAUUCGGUGGAAUACAAGAACAUAGAAACAGCCUUUCUGAAAUCCAGCAUACACCGUGAUGUGAAACCCGUCAAGGUCCAACAGAUCGACAGGAUUCAGAGUCAGUCGCAGUGGCAGAGAUACUGUGUGCUGAAACAGGCCGUGGAUAAGAAAUACCCCAAACAGACAAACGAGCGCCAGCUUUAUCACGGAACGACCAAAGACAUAUGCCAGAAAAUCAACAAGAACGGCUUCAACCGCAGCUUCUGUGGGAGAAACGCGGUGGUUCAUGGUGAAGGCACCUACUUCGCUAGAGAGGCCUGGUACUCCUGCCACGACCAGUACUCCAACCCAGACGACCAACAGCUGAAGUACAUCUACCGAGCGCGAGUGGUGACGGGCUCGCUGUGUAAGAGCAGAGGUGGGAUGAAGGAGCCGGAUCCGAUCAACCCUGCUGACCCACGGGCCGGACUGCACGACUGCGCCGUGGAUGACCUAAAGAACCCGUUCAUCUUCGUGGUGUUCUGUGACGCGGGAGCGUAUCCAGAGUACCUCAUCACCUUCAAAUCCAUAGUCCUCAAGAGUCCAUAGUCCUCCAGAAAACUCUACAAGUGCACACUGGCCCUGAAUGCUGCUGACAGAGAUUAUGGGAGUCUUCGCAAUAUUACUGUGACAAACACAUGAACUGAUGUUUUCACGCAUUACUUUAUUCAGUAGGGCUGUCAACUGCCAGAAAUCACUUUAUUAAUAACACGAUAAUAUAUUCACUGAGAAAAGCUACAAAAUAAAGAAAAUUCAAAGACAUUUAAAGGAACAGUUCACCCAAAAAUUAAAAUGGUCAUCAUUUACACAACUUCAUGUUAUUCCAAAACAAAUGCUGUUCCCCAAUGACUUCUAUAGUGUUUUUUUUUCCAUACUAUGGAAGUCAUUGGGGAACAGCAACUGUUUGAUCACCAGCAUUCUUCAAAAUAUCUUCUUUUGUGUUCAAUAGAAGAAAAACCCACAGAUUCGGAACAAUUUGAGGCUGAGUAAAUGAUGACAGAAUUUCUAUAUUCAUGUGGACGGUCUCAGUGUGACACGAGUAAACAGACAACAGUUGUCUUUAGAGGGGAAUAUAGUCUUAUAAUCUACCAUCACUGACCUCUGUUAACCUUUCAUCAUCUGCUGGAGGCCUUUUACAUGCCACAUGCUCUCGUGCUUUGCUUUUAAAAUGUGUUUGACUAAAAGAGGAGCAUUAGGGGUUAUGAUUUUAACCGCAUUAUUGUCUCAUCAUUAAUCAGCUGACAGCCCUGCUUCAUUCUGAGCACACCAAAUUUUGAUACGCAAAUGUUUGCUUCUAUCUGAAAAUGUAUAAUGCUAAUAAACAUAUUAGUAUUCUGCUUUGAUUGA